UGCGCUCGAGUUUCCUUUUUAAAUAUUGACAUGCCAGUGUUAACAAUUCACACUCGGAACAACGCGGCCGACUAAAGAAACUUGAUGCGUUUGAAACGCCUUCUUGAUUUGAGAGAGAACAAAAGUACUGUGCAAGCUGACUGUUUGUAUAUUUUUCUUAAUGAAUGCCUUACGGAGCCUAGUGAUAUGUAAGGGCAGAUAAUUCAGUAUUCACUUAACUGUUGUUCGCAAGACACCGAACUGGGAGACUUUUCCUGUAAUACCGAGCGCCAGAUCUGUGUCAGACUUGCUCCUUUUAAUGUGAACGCUUCUGGAUUACUUUAAAAUCAUAGGGAUGGUUACUGAGACUGUUUUACUGUGAGUCGAGAGCAUUCGGGCGGCGUGAAUGUGCAUCUGUGAUGUGGUUUGAGGUAGCUGGUGAGUCACCUUCCUCUUCUAACUCACCUGAGCGGAGCCAGGUAUUACGUGUGUUGUGUUUCUUGACAAAGCCACGUAAUGCUACUUGAGAACUCCUAAUUAUCACGUAGCUGUCAUUACAGGCUGUGAAGGUAGUGUCGAGCAUUAACGUGUUUACGCUGUAGGGUCUAGUGCGCCCUCAGUCAUCGAAGUUCGGUUCAGAGAGUCAGCCCUGUGCGGCAGGCACCUCGGGUUCUUCCAGGCUGGCUUCCUUCUGUCCGGGCCGGGAGCUAACUGAGGAAAAAUAUAACUUUGGUGCUCCUGGGAGAACUUAAGAUCUUUCCAAUUAGUCUCUCCUCCGCCCUACUGCCUUUUUCUGCUUGAAGCCCAUUUCUUCUGUCGUUAUGUAGUUGCUGUGAUGGUGUAUAGCCGUAAAGAGCUGAUUUUAUUUGGAAAAUAAGUUCAUGUUAAUGGCAGGAUGCAUAUUAAUGUAAUAAAUUCAGUUAAUAAGAUUUUAUGUCCAAGUGCUCCUACUAGCAAUGUUGAAAAGGAAAUGAAGAAAGCAAUGCAGGCAAAGUUCUUUCUCUAAAUGAAUUAUUUUGACUUAUUUCAAGUGCGGGCUGAAGGAAUCUUAAGCCUUCAUGUGAAUAUGGAGGAUUUACUUGCAAUACAUAAAAUGAUCCCUUACCAUGUGUGAGCAGUGUUAGACAGUAGUGUUUGAUGUGUUAGAAUAGAAGCGGGGAGGCUUCUUUGCAGCAGGAAGGCUGCGGGAGGCUGUUUUAUUCAGAAGAUGACCUUUCAGAGUUUCUUAAAGGCAUAGGAGUGACAUUCGGUUCAUGCAGGCAUAGCCUAAAGCUGCUGAAAAUGAGCUUUACACGAUUGAAAGAAAUCUGUCUAAGCAGAAAUAGUUUGAAGAAUGCUGGUUGCUUGCCAGAAGUCACUGAUUUCAUUUCGGAGUGAUAUGACUGUUCUUAAGACUUGAAAAUGACAGUUGUUUGUAAUUAAAAAGAAAGAUAUAUUUUACUUUAAAAUUUCAUAGAAUUUUGGAGGGAAUUUGUCAGUACAUUAUUUACUUUCAGCAACUCAAGUGGAUGUAGUGACAUAAUUCCUCUCCGAAAUGAUGGCCAUAUUAAACAAUGCCAAGUUACCUUUUGUUGACUGUAGUUUUACUUUGGAUGUCCUGCAAAUAGGGACUGACUUUUCUUUCCUUUAAAGAGGCCACAAAGAAUGCACACAACACAUCUUGGCAUUGAAACUAUAAAGAUGCGUACUACAGAUGUAACAGAUGUAUAGAUGCGUAAUAUAUAGGUGUAUGUUGAUAUAACUGUAAAGCCCAGCCUGGCUGGGUUUGGGUGUGUAGGAAGCUAUGCGUUGCCAUUACAAGAGCGUGGUUUUAGGGACGCGAUGAACCUAACAAAAUGUGACCUCACCUUAUGAAAUCUGUUUCCUUGAAAUAAUGCCUGGUGUUGUUGUCUUGUAACUUCUGAGUAUGUAACUGUAGCGUGAACAUAUUCAUUUUCCUCUAAUAUGUUUGUAGCAGACUUCUUGAAUUAUCUCCAUGGAAUCUUAAGUUAAUGCUCAUUUGCUUGAAUUUACUCCUGAAGUAAAUUGUGUUUUCCUAUUUGCUUUCAUUGCUUCCAUUAUGCCUUGAAAGUAUUGAAGUGCAUAUUUGACGGGAGGUCGAUUUGCCUGCUCUGGUUCCUUUGUUGUAAUUUACUAGCUGCUGUGGGAGGAAAAAACCAGUAUUUUCUGAGCUGCCUUUCCUAUCAGUUCUGCGGAGUCAGGAAAUCUGCAGCCCCUAGCACGAGACAAAAAAAAUGCUGGUGGUACAAGCUUCACUCCAAACCAGGGAAAAAGGAAAAGGAGAGAGGAGAGAUUGAAGUGGAUAUCCAGUUUAUGAGGAGCAACAUGACGGCCAGUAUGUUUGAUUUGUCCAUGAAAGACAAGUCUCGCUCUGCGUUUGGCAAGCUCAAAGACAAGCUCAAAGGAAAGAGGAGCAGUGGGCUUUCUGACACGGCAUCAGAGAUUGUUCCGAGCCCAAGUCACUCCCUAGCUGACAGCGAAGAUGAAUCAAAUGAGAAGGAAAAGAAGAAAUCGAAGUUCAAAACACUGUUUUCCAAACCUGGUCUGCAAAAGACUUCUCUCUCCCAGUCCAUGUCAGUCUUGCCUACACAUCAGCCUGUAACCGAGAAAGUUAGGCUUAGGCCUAGUGACUUUCAGUCGCAAUGGGAUGAUGAGGAAUCUGAGACAUCUCCAACCUCAGACAAAACCUUUAGAAACACCCUUGAAGAGAAGUCAUCUUCCUCUCCUGUAUCUAAAUUUCAUAAAAUAGCAAGUUUGGACAGCAGGCAACUAAACCAAAUAACCACUAGCAAUACCAAGAAAGAAGGUCUCUCUCUAUUUGGUGGCCUUAAAUCCAAAAGUGAUGCUGUUUCCAAGUCUAGUUUGUGUAUCAAUGGCAGCCAUGUUUACAUGGAAGAGAACACGCCUAAGGACAACACUCCAGCCUCUUCCCCAUCCCCUCACAACUUCAGGAGGAAGCAGCUCUUUGCUUCAGAAGAGAACCUGUCUUCCAAAUUUCCUAAAGGACCUGAAGAGACAGGAAGAACAUCUCCUAGCGGUAUUUUAUCUGGGUCUGCGUCGCUGGAGACUUUUAAAUCUAUGAAUUUACCAUCAUAUAAAUUGCUUAGCAGUGAAGAUUACACAGAGACCAAUGUUCCUCUGACUGUUGAUAUUACUAAAGAGAACAAAAAAAUGGACCACAAAAAGUCUGCCUUAUUCUCUCUGGUCACAGGGAAAAAGGAAGCAGUGAAAAGCAGUGAUGUUGAAAGUGUUCCAGACAGGACUUUGAAGGAGGAAGAAACCAAAGUUCCAGAAGAGAAAAGUGAAGAAGAAACCAAACAUCUUGAAAUUCCAACAGAUUUAAGCAAAGGAAAUCCUUCCAAAAAUAGUAAUGAAGAAGAAAUCUUCAAAAAUAAGCAACCACUCAACCCUUUUGAAGAAGACGGGAAACCUGAAAAAGCUGCUGCAUUGGCAAAGACAGCACAGACUAAAGCUGUCAAACCCAGACUGGGCGUGUCUUCAGAGGAGGAAACCAAAGCCACGCUUCCUAUUCUUGCACCUGAUUCCCUUCCUGCUUUCCUUCCUGCACUCCAUAUCAGUAGUGACAAUAACCCUUUUAUUUCUAAAACGGGACAGAAAGUCAAAGUGCCAGACUCUGAAAACAUUACUAGUUCCUCUGCACCUCUUCCUCCUUCUCCUCCUUCUGCUGCAGAGCUUUUGAAUAGCAAGAACCCCUUUAUUUCAAAGUGGGGCAAGGAGUCCAAAGCACUGGAUUCUGAAAGCAUUGCCAGUUUCUCUUUAUCCCAUCAUCUUGCAGCUUCUGUCCCUGAAACAUCUCUUUCUGUGCAAAUCUCUAGUAGUGGUAAUAAUCCUUUUACUUCUAAAUGGGGACAGGGCUCACAGGAUCAGGAUUCUGAAAGCUCUAAUGCUUGCGCUUCUUUGGAUCUCUCUCGUCCCCCUGCACCUUCUCUUCAUUCUGACUGUCACUUUAAUGACAAUAACCCCUUUGUAUGCAAGCUUGGGCGGGAACUAGAUGCACCGGGUCUCAAAACUGUUGCUGCUUCUUCUCCUUUCUUGCUUCCUUGUGAGGAAGACUGUUCCUCAGUAGAAAACACUGGUAAUCUGAAACACUCUCUUCAUGUGGCUUCAGGGAGCUCUUCAGACCUGGCUCUAACUAGUAAUGUAAAUACUGUGUCAGACUCUCUGAACACCCUUUCUGACAGCUCUGGCCUGGCUCCAAGGAAACAAUGGGGUUCACCAAAGGUUCAGGUAGAGACAUCUUUAAGUAAGUUAGGCGAUAGGAAAUCUGCGACCUUUCUCCUUGAAGAAUUGGAAGGUAUUACAGCAGGUACUGAGGGUUUGGAUGAGCAGCAACGUGCGGAACAGCACUCCGAUUUCAGUGAAAUGUUAUUCACGGAAUCAGACGGAAUAGGGAAGAGAGCAGGGUUUGCUCGCAAACUGGAAACAGAGUGCAGCCCAUCAUCAGAACUCCCUAGUGACAGCAUAAGCUCCACUCAAAGCGAGGAGACCACUGUUGAGGGUGAUGUGGAAACAGGCAGUACAAACAGUGAAACCAGCAUGAAGGAUGCCAGACAUCUUGCAUCUCUCUCGAAGUGUGAUGAUAACCUCUUACCAGGGAAUGGUGCUGAACAGCUACCUCCUGCUAAGAGCAAGCUAAAUGAGAAGCAGGAAAUCUUUAGUGAAAAGAGAAUGGAAGAACGUAAACCCAUGUUAGAGACCGAAGCAGCUCCUGAUAAAAAUGACUCCUUGUCGCAAGUGGGACCUACCAAACCAACCUUGAGAGUUUGCACGCUGCCCCCUCGGGAAGCUGAUGUAGGAAGAGCUGACAGUGAGGCUAGUUCCGUGUUUGUCAUGCCAAAGCCAGCACCAAGACUGUCUUUAUCGCUGAAGCCAUGCACGCCAGUUUCUGAGACUGAUGAGUUGAGUGGUGCUGUGCUUUCUUCAGAUGACAAUGUAAAAUCUGCUUCUGGGCUUCCAUUACACAAUGAGAAACCCUCAAGUGCUUAUGGAUGCCCCCCCAGAAAUGGUUCAUUAAAAACUGUCACUCCAACAACAGAUCUUAGAGGUGAUAGCAGUAAUAGUCAUUUAAAGUAUGAAAAUGAUGAUUUAUUUGACUCUCUUGCAAAUCUGAAGUCUGCCAUUCCAAUUGCUGGAGAUCAUGGUUUGAAACUGGCUAGUCUUCCUGUUAUUCUAGAGGGAGGCUCUGAUGAUGAGCUGCUGGAAGACUGUCAGGAGGAGCAUAAUGUCACUGCAGAUGAUAAAAACAUCUUGGAGGCUGGAAAGCAGUCUAUAGAUUUAAUGCCUUUGAGUGAAGAACUGAAAGAGCAUUCAGAUAACAGUUCUCCUGCAGAGAGUGUAACUCUGUCUGCUCAAGAAGGAGGAAGUGCCCCUGAUGUUUGUAAUUCUAGCAAACUACCCGUGCUACCCGCAAGAGUGCAUGUUUUCAAUGCAAAUAAUAAGAUAGCUGACUUAGGCGUAGGUGUGGCGACAUCUCAUUCCAGCGAGUGUAAUAGUCACUUUGAGAGACAAGAGCUAAAAAUAGAUAUUGGUGUUGAAGAGAGUGCAGAGUGUGAUUUCCUUGAGCCCUCUUCUUCUUGUCCCUCUGUGUCUAGUUCUUCCCAACCUUACUCUUCCUUUCAUUCUCUCCCAUCUCACACUGAAAGUAAUAGAGCAGAAUCUUCAAAAAAGCCAACAGCAGAGGGCUUCGCUGAUAAAGCAGAAAAUUCUGGCAAGAAGAAACUUCUUCAGGCAUGGGUUUCACCCUCUGAAACAUAUCCUAACCAAACUCAGCAGAGUGGUGAAACCAUGUCUCCUAAGCACAGACUUCAGCCUGUGAAGCCAAUGAAUGCCACAGCAAGCAAGUCUCAAACUAAAAAUAUGAAUGUCAUCAGCGCUAUGAAUGAAAAACUGCUUGAGAUGAGCGUAAAGAAAUACAAUCCUUCAGAUCCUGGCUAUGCUUAUGCUCAGUUAACACACGAUGAGCUGAUCCAGCUGGUCUUGAAACAGAAGGAUACAAUUAUCAAGAAAGAACUCCAGGUGCGUGAGCUUGAAGACUACAUCGAUAACUUGCUUGUCAGAGUCAUGGAAGAAACCCCAAACAUUCUUCGUGUUUCAACUUCCGGAAAUAAAAAAGCUGGAAAGAUAUAAAAGUUCUCUGAACUUUGAACAAAGGACUGAAUUCCUGCCAGUGGAGUUUGAUCAAUAAGGAGACAAUAUGAAGUAGGUGGUACUGGUGUGCUGCCCACAGGAAAUUACAUUUUUCCUGUUUCUGACUUGAGCAACUAUUAGAUUGAUUUGUAGGUGCAUCAGGUCUUAUAUAUAGAGUUCAAAAAUGGAGUCAACUUCUCAUAUUUAUUUUUUGGUAUCUCUUUGUUAUUGGGGAGGAUUUGUUAAGGAAUCUAAUCCGCAGGCUGAUUGUGAUGUCAGGGAUGAAGGGUUUUUUUGACAAGCUUUGCCAGCAAGGUACUGAUGAUCCUUUAUGAAGAUUUUUUUCAUGGUUCUGUUUCUUAGCAACUUUGACGGAUCAAUUAUUCUUCUUUCCACACUGUAAGUUGUAGUGCAAUAUAAAGCCUUGUACAGUAGAGCCUGAGGGUCUGCUUUGCUUUGAAUAACUACACUGGAAAAGUUCAAAGAGUUAUGCUUCAGAAUAAGACUGCUUGAGCUGUAUUUUAAAACCAUUUAAUGCCCUAACAUUUGAAUGCAAGUUAACUCCUAGUUUGGAAAGGAAGAAGCAAAGCUAAAAUACUGGCAUAAAUUAAAUAUUGCUUCAAGGGUGUUCUCCAAGAAAUAUUAGUGACUUUGGGCCAAAGGUGUAGUAAAUUAGAAGCUAUUCUUUCAUAGUCAUUGAAUUCCUGAUUUGAAGGUUGUUCAAACAAGGGAGGCAAAGGUACGCCCAGUUUCUGUUCUGUAUUCUUAAAUAGGUAUGGACUUUGCAGUAUGUGUGUUUGGCCUGUGUCUCUUGCUGUAUGAAAGUUCUGUGACAACCAGGAUACUAUACCAUUGCAGUUUAUUAAUUCUAAAUACCUUGGAUUUUGGAACUGGGGCUUACCUUGGAACAGCUUUCAAAGGUGACCAGUCUUAUAAUACUGUGUUUCAUACAUUCCUUAUACAUCUAAGAAAGGAACCAAUUCACCCUCCCUUUGGGAUGGGAGUCAAAAUGCUAACUCUCAAAUCUGAUUUGGUUUUCUGUGUGGUUUGAAGUUCAGAAUAAGAUGAAACUUUUAUGAAGCUGAAAAAGUGUGUUGGUUUUGCAAGACAAUCAGAUACUUCUGUCUGCUUCCUUAAUUUGUGGCCUGUUUGCAGCUUAUCUUCACAGCUCUUGGAUUUGUCAGGGUUGCGAGGGUCUGUGAUCUAAUACCAGGGAAUGGCUUGGAAAGAAGUCAAAAUAUUGAAAGAGUAGGUAGCAGAGAACUAAAACAAAUGCUCUCACUUUCUGAAGUGGAAAGGGUUGCUGGAGUCACUCUACAUCUCCAAAGGGGUGAGUUUCUAACAAAAUAUUCCUACAGCAGAGCACUUUAAUGAGGGAUAAGACUGGCUGGAUUGACUACUAACUUGUUAGUAGUCUGCAUAAUAUUUUCAUAGAACACUGGAAACUACUGGAACCUUCUCAAAUACUGUAAUUUUGUAGUGAAGAGUAGUUUAAUAUAUUUGCCUAGAGAUGUAUACAUUCUUUGGAAAAUACAAAAAAUGAUGUUAAUUACAUUUGUUACUGUAAACUGGCUAAUUACCAAAGUAUGGCCUAGCAGUUGAAGCUUUUCUGAUGCAACUCUCCUUCAGAGGAAGCUAGAGCUGAAAUAAGCCUAUUGCUUUAAGCAUUAAGAGUCUUCUAAGACUUCAGGUACUUAAUAGAGAUGAAUGCUGAAUUUUUGUUUGAGCAGAUGUCUCCAAUGAAGGGGUAGCUUUUUUCUUUUCUUUUUCUUUUUUUUUCUUUACAGUACCCUCUUCUGUGAAUGAAGGGUCUGAAAUGCAGAAUUUUUUAGUAACAUCUUCAGCUCUUGGCUGGUGGUUUAAAUUUUGAAUGGUACUAGUUGGCAUUACUGAAAACUACUGCUGCUUUUCGUGCCUUGAAACAGUGAGGAAGAUGAAACAUUAAUUUCAGUUUCUUCCUUGUGCCUCAGUGGAUCUCUGGAAAGAAAUGGUUUUCUAUACCUCACUAAUAAACCUGUCUUCUAGACUUUAUUCCACAGCUUUGACUUUCUGAUUCAGAGAAUCAGAGAAACCAAUAGUGCCUUUGAAUGAUGGCUUAACGGUUUGAAAUCAAAAAUGGUAUUAUCGGUAGUCAUAACUGGACACCUGUUAAGCAAGACUUAACUCUUGCUUUUUACUGGCCUUAUUUUAAAGUAAUAUGGGUACUACUUUGUCUUUGGCUGCUGAAAUCAUUGCGAUACUGUGUAUAAUGCUUUUGGAAUAAGGACUUUAUGAAGCUUAUACAGCUGAUAACGUGCAUUCCUGUUGGCAAGAGUGCGUAUCUGGAAGUCAUAUACACACACAUGCACACAAAAUAUAUGUUAAUAAUAAUCUUCUUAAAGAUAAAGCCUUAAAAUAGCCUUUCUUGGUAGCCUUUUUGCCAGUUAUGACUUUAUCCAGUCAUGUGGACUCCAAGUUCUCUGGCUUUUGCAGCCCGGGUUGUUCUCUCCUGUGGUUACAGGCGUUAAGUCUCACAUCGAACAGCAGGAGUGCUGCUGCAGGGUGACAGUCCUGUACAAGCCACAUUUUUACUUCAGUAGCUGUGAAAAUGUUGCACAAAUCUUGUACCUCAAUCUUUUAUUGGCAAUACUAUUUAAAGCCUUUCUUUGGUAUAAGGGGUUUGGCAUUUUAUGUCAAACAAGGUGCUUAGCCUCGUGAGUAGUGACUUUAAGGCUUGAGAAUUGAGUGUAUUGUUUUAUUAUUGAAGGAUCUGAAUGUAUCUUUUCCUGUUUAUACCAUCUGCUUUUACCCUGGAUACCUAUUUGUUUUUAAAUGACCUUUGGUUUUGUGGAACACUAAAAUAAAAAUAUCUUAAAUCCA